CACUGUGCCCUACCUUUGUUUUGGUUUUGAUUGGCGUGCCGACCAGCGAAUGAGAGAGCUCCUGCGCGGACGGUGAGCCAAUCAGCGGCGCCUGGUGCCCAGCGUUAGAAAACAGUCCAGUGGGAGAUGGCGCCCAGCUCGAAAUCAGAAAAGGACGAUAACAAACAGAAAACUCAAAGAAAGCAUAAAGACCAUGUCGUCAAGCUACUCACACGUGGGAAGCUGUCAGGUCACUUCUCUCAGCGCCUGUUCAGGAAGCUCCCUCCUCGUGUUUGUGUCCCAUUGAAGAAUAUUGUCAGCGAGGAGUUUCUUAGAGCAGGACACAUCUUUCUUGGAUUCACCAAAUGUGGGCGCUAUGUGCUGUCCUACACCAGUGACUGUGGAGAAGAUGAUGAUUUCUCUUUCUAUACCUACCAUCUCUACUGGUGGGAGUUCAACCUGCACAGCAGACUCAAACAGGUCCACCAUGUGCGACUCUUUGCAGGAGAAGAAAUCUACAGCGACCUGUACCUUACCGUGUGUGAGUGGCCAAACGACCACUCCAAAAUUGUCAUCUUUGGUUUCAACACACGCAGUUCGAGCUCCGUUCUGAUGAACCUCAUGAUGAGCGAUGAGAACAACAGAGACAUCUACAUCACCAUCGCUUCCAUGCCUCCUCCUAAACCGUGCUCUCACUGCUGCCCGAUUCCUUCAGCCACUACCAUACGGACAGGAAGUGGAGAGUGUCUGGAGCACGGCUAUGUGCUCAACAGCAGAUACCAGGUGGUCUAUCCCUUCCCCACCUUUCAGCCAGCAUUCCAGCUUAAGAAGGACCAGGUCAUCCUGUUAAAUACCAGCUACUCUCUGGUGGCCUGUGGCAUCUCCCUCUGCUCAGGAGAGCAGGGUCAGUCGUCUCAGAUCCUCUACACAAAGAGAGCAGCUCCUCCAUCUGGCCAAGCCUCUCCGUCUCUCGCCUCCACUUCCUCAUCCUCUUCCUCCACACUACCUCAGGGAUCCUCCGAAAGCAGAGCGCCGUCCAGCAGCAGCAGGCCCAGCCCUUUCCCCUUGUCUCCUAGCCAGUCGCAGGCCGCUGUGCGUGCCCGGGAGUUUGCCGCUGACCUCUUCAGGCGCGCCCAGGCAGGAGGAGGAGGAGGAGGAGGAGGAAGAGAAAACGAGGGAGAUGGAGAGAGGCGAAGAGCAGAUGGCGGGGAGAGAGAGGCAGCACACAUUCCAGGGGACAAAAGGACAAGCGUAGAGACUCAGAGAGAGGAGGAGGAUCGCAGAGAAAGGAGGGAGGAGGACAGACGGACUAGUUUAGCACGACCCUCGAUGUCAGAUGGGAACCAGUGCCCAGAACAGGUGAUGUCUCCUGCCUCCUCCUCUGCACCUUCGUCUCCUCCGACCCCACCCGCAUCCUCAUCUCAGGAGGCGGGGCCCUGCGAGCCCGGAUACGUCAACUACACACGGCUGCACUACCGCCUCCAGCAGCUGGGGGCAACAGAGCAGAAUGCAGGAGGUUAUGAAGACGAUAAGGUGCAGCUGCCCUUCACGGUCACUGAUCUCAAGGGACGGAACCUGCAGCUGGUCACCGGGCCGCACAACGGGCAGAGUGUGUGUGUGGAGCAGCUGACACUGGACUUUGAGUAUCUCAUCAAUGAGGUGAUCAGGAGUGAUGCUGCUUGGGCCCCUCAGUUCUGCUCCUUUAGUGACUAUGAUGUCGUCAUAUUGGAGGUGUGUCCCGAUACCAACACGGUGAUGAUCAACAUUGGGCUGCUGUUACUGGCCUUCUCCAACUCGGACGAGGAGCACUGCAGGCCAAACACCUACCAUUCCAACCUGCAGGUCAGCUGGGACCUCAACACAGGAGUGUGUUGCACCGUUGGUGUUGGUGACCUCACAGAGGUCAAGGGUCAGACGAGUGGGAGCGUGUGGAGCUCGUAUAGGAAGUCUUGUGUGAAUACGGUGAUGAGGUGGCUGGUUCCCGAGAGCAGCUCCCGAUACAUCAAUCGCAUGACCAAUGAAGCUCUACACAAAGGCUCCUCUCUGCAAGUGCUAGCAGAUGGCGACCGAUGCACCUGGAUUGUAUUAUGAAGGAGAGCGAGAUGCUUGCUGAUGACAGCGGGCCACAAGUGUCAAGCAGAAACAGAAGCACACACAGACACGUCAACACUGCCUCGUUUUUAGUGCAGAGCAUGACCUUAAUUUGCGCAAAACUGAAAGUGUCGUUCAACUAUUUCACUUUGGUAACGUAGUUAUUACACCUGUCAUGUCAGAUCUGUUCAACUGAACAAACAGUGCUUUAGGUGGAAUAUUAUAAAAACGUCAAAUGAAUUUUUAAGUGAUGUGCGUUUUAAUUUUUUAGGUUUAAUCUUUUUUUUUUUUAAAUUGUGUACUGUAUUAUAGUAUUGCAACCAUCAACCAAGAGCUGAACUGAACAGAUGUAGAAUUUAGUUUUUGUUUUUAUACCUAAAGGUGAACUGUUAUUCUAGUGUGAACGUCUUUUUGUGUAACUGAUGGUGUGCAGUAAUCUGCACCUGUGUGUUCACAAGGUGAUUUCAUCCAUAGAAUGUGUGUGUGUACAGACGUGUGGCUGUGUUGUGUGUGUUUAAUAUGUAUGGACAAGUUCAGUUUUCUGCUGCUUCUGGCCAAGUUGUUUUCCCGUCUGGCCUGGACCAGUUCAGUUCAGUAUUGGCAAUUAAUAUCUCAAUGAUAUUUAUCAAAAUGAAUCCAGUACUGUAUCACUUGUCUCAACAUUUUUUUUUUUUUUUUGGUCUUUUUAUAUCAGGAGAGCAGUGGUUCUUGAAGUCUCCUGCUCAGCAAGUUGACAACAUGCCGUAUGGCUACAGGGACAGAAGUGAGACUAUGUUCUAUUGUGAUAUUUUUGUCAAAAUAAACUUCAAAAAUGUGUGUUGGGA